UGGUUGACUUGUCAAAAUGACAGACUACACUUUAACUAACCUAAUCCCAGAAAUAGAAAAAAUGAUUUUGUAAACUCAUUUUAAUUUUUCUACAAUUAAUAAAAAUACAUAUGCGUUACAGUCAAAAAUGUUAUCAAUUACUCGGUUGCCGGCUUUAUCUGUACCAAAAAUACAGCAAAAGUUGAUCUUCUUGCUUAAAAAUGGUGUUGUUGAAAAGCAUAUAAAUAAACAGUGCCAGAAUGAUAUCGUUAAACUGUGCAGAUCUUUUUCUGUGCUGCACAGUUUAACUAAUAAAUCGAAGAACCCGCAACUUCGUCAGUUCAAUGCAGAAUAUAAAGCAGCAUGCAAUUUGCUAAAACGGUCCAGCUUGCCAUCUAUAAAUUCCUUUACACACACCAGGGGGUUCCAUACCACAAUUGCAAAUAAUAGUCCACAAAGUGACAGGGAUCCUAACAAGGAUGACAAAGACAAAAAGAAGAAAAAUGAAGAAAUGUCAUCGCUUAUGAUGAAAGCAGCUUUUUGGAUGUUUACCACAUUCAUUCUUAUUAUGAUGAGCUCACUUAUUGUGCCGGGGGACAGCAAUCAAAAUGAGUUGAUACGAUAUGUGUCAUGGAACGAGUUUGUUUACUCAAUGCUGACAAAAGGUGAAGUAGAGGAGCUUAUUGUGCGACCUGACUUGGAAGUGGUCACCAUUAUACUUUACGAAGGCGCCAUCAUUAAGGGCAAAAGGUCAAACCAUCGAGUGUUUCACAUGAACGUUGGCGACAUUCAUCGAUUUGAAGAGAAACUCAGAGAAAUCGAAAAGAAUCUGGGCGUCAAAGAAGGUGUUCGUGUGAUAUACGAUAGGAACGGCAGCGUUGCUGGCAAAGUGAUUACGACACUGCUCAUCGCCGCUGUCAUUCUGUCGUUCCUGUACUCCACCAAGUCCAUGAGGAUGAACAUCAAUCUUGGAGGGUUUAACCAAUUGGGCAGAGCAAAGUUUACUCUCGUAGAUUCGAUGAGCGGACAGGGGAAAGGCGUGAAGUUCGAAGACGUGGCUGGCUUGAAAGAGGCCAAGGUCGAAGUAAUGGAGUUUGUCGACUACCUCAAAAGACCCGAACAUUAUAAAAGCCUGGGAGCUAAGGUUCCGAAAGGCGCUCUUUUGUUGGGUCCCCCGGGUUGCGGCAAGACGUUGCUGGCGAAGGCUGUGGCGAGCGAGGCGAAUGUUCCCUUCCUCUCUAUGAACGGUUCCGAGUUCAUCGAAAUGAUAGGAGGUCUUGGAGCUGCCAGAGUCAGGGACUUAUUCAAAGAGGCCUGUUCCCGUGCCCCCUGCAUCAUCUACAUCGACGAGAUGGACGCAGUGGGUCGCGCGCGCUCGUCAGGCCCGCAGUCGUGGGGCCCCGGCGGCGGCGAGGGCGAGCAGACCCUCAACCAGCUGCUCGUCGAGAUGGACGGUAUGAAGAGCCGCGAGGGCGUCGUCGUCUUGGCCUCUACUAACCGAGCUGAUGUACUGGAUAAGGCGCUACUCCGUCCCGGGCGUUUCGAUCGUCACAUCCUGAUCGAUUUGCCGACGCUGCAAGAACGCGAGGAGAUAUUCAACCGGCACCUGAAAAAUAUUGUGUUAGAAGAUUUGCCUGACUUUUACGUCAAAAGGCUCGCGUAUUUGACUCCCGGGUUCAGCGGCGCCGACAUAGCGAACGUGUGCAACGAGGCGGCCCUGCACGCCGCCAGACACAAGCAGACCAUCGUGCGAGCCACCGACCUCGAGUACGCCGUGGAACGAGUUGUUGGUGGUACAGAAAAACGUAGUCACGCGAUGUCACCAGUGGAGAAGCGCGUGGUGGCCUACCACGAGGCGGGCCACGCGCUCACCGGCUGGCUGCUCGAGCACACGGACGCGCUCCUCAAGGUCACCAUCGUGCCCCGCACCAACAUGGCGCUAGGCUUCGCGCAGUACACGCCCUCCGACCAGAAACUGUAUAACAAGGAGGAGUUAUUCGACCGCAUGUGCAUGGCGCUGGGCGGACGCGCGGCCGAGGCCAUCAUCUUCAACUCCAUCACGAGCGGCGCGCAGAACGACCUCGAGAAAGUCACCAAGAUUGCUUACGCUCAGAUCCGAGUGUACGGCAUGUCCCAGAGCGUCGGUCUGCUGUCCUUCCCAGACAUCAAAGAGCACGGCAAGAGUCCUUUCAGUAAGAUGCUGAAGAACCUCAUCGACUUGGAAGCUAGAAAACUCAUCGCGAACGCUUACUACAGGACCGAGAAGUUACUCAGAGAUAACGAGAAAAAACUUAAAAGGUUGGCCGAAGAACUGCUAAAGAGAGAAACUUUGAACUUUAAAGACGUAGAACUGAUCUUAGGACCCCCUCCGUACCCCCGCAAGAAGUUCAUCGAUCCCGUGGAGUUUGAGAACAGCCUGAAGAACUUGGAGAAGGCGGCCGUGCCCGACACCACGCCCGUGGGCGCGCCCUCCGCCAAGCCGGAGCCCAAACCAUUCUAACUGUAUAUAGUGUAGAUUGUUAUAAGUUACAGAAAUAAAUUAAAUCAUGUUAGUUAGA